AUAAAAAAAAAAAAAAAAAAAAAAAAAAACUUUGCCUUUGAUGAGGGCGAGACACUGAGAACGAUUUCCCCAUUUUCCAGUUUUUCAAAUACUUUUGCGCCACCACAAUGCUCUCUCGUCUUCUUCCAAAACCCUCAAAUUUCCGAUAUCUAACCCUAGCUUCUUCAAAAUUACUUUCCUAUCCCCAACCCCAGUUCCCUUCCUCUCCUCCCACUCCCACAACCUUCACUUUCCCUUCCAGAUUCUUCUCCUCCAAACACAACAACAACAACAAUGGCAAGGACCGGCAAGACUCCGACGGCGUUUGGAAAAUUUCUGAAGAAAGUGACGGAAAGUUCGAACCUUUUUUCUCUCAAGCUUCUGGGAAAACCGCGGAGACUGAUUUCGGAUUGAAAGGCUACGAAGGUGAAGGUGAUGAUGAUUGGAAGACUGUGGAAGGUUACAAAGCUUGGAGCCUAGUAGAGGAGGAGAAAAGCGAUUUAUUCGAUAUUGGAGACGAACAUUUGAAGGUUGUUGGUGAAUCUGAAACUGGAUUAGAUAGUAGUAGUAGUUUGGAGGAUGAGAAAAAGAAAGAGGAGGCUAAGAGGCUUGAGAAGGAAGAACAGGAACUCACUGCCAUUCUCAAAGGACCAAAUCGUGCAUUUGGGGACUUAAUUUCUGCAUCUGGUAUUACUGAUGAAAUGCUUGACAGUUUGCUUGCAUUGAAGGAUUUGGAAGGAGUGGAGGGAUUGCCUCCUUUGAGAGAAAUAGAGGAUUUGAGGUAUGAGAAAAGUAAAAGAAAAUCAAGCACAGCUGAAAUAGAGAGGCAGAAGCAGGAGGAGUUUGCGAAAGCCAGAGUGAGGCAAGUAGAUGAGAAAGGGAGAGCUUAUGGUACUGGAAGGAGGAAAUGCAGUAUAGCCCGUGUAUGGAUUCAGCCUGGGGAUGGAAAGUUCUUAGUUAAUGAUAAACAAUUCGAUGUGUAUUUUCCGAUGCUUGAUCACCGGGCUGCUCUUCUCCGGCCUUUCUCAGAGACGAAAACAUUGGGGUUGUGGGAUGUUACUUGUACCGUUCAAGGAGGUGGCGUGUCAGGCCAAGUUGGAGCAAUUCGGCUGGGAAUCAGCAAGGCCUUGCAAAAUUGGGAACCAGAUAUGCGUCCUGCACUAAGAUCUGCUGGUUUCUUGACAAGAGAUUCACGUGUUGUGGAAAGGAAAAAGCCAGGGAAAGCAAAAGCAAGAAAGAGCUUCCAAUGGGUCAAGCGUUGAUCAAUGCUGUGUCUUUUCUUCUCUGAAGAACGUGUUUGUAUGGAUCUUCAAUUUUGCCUUAUCACAAUAACUUGUUGAGUCUUUCACAUGGCCUGGCUUCUCAUUUGUAGUGUAGCUUAGAAUGGAGAUCACAGCUUGAAGAUUAUAACUUAUAAAUUUUGUGUUGAUCUGGGAAAAUCCCUUAAACUAAAUCAGUUUUGGAGAAAACAUCAUUCUGUUUCUAUUCUUUCUUGCUUACUUUCUUACAUCUGAUGUUGUACAACAGAAGUUCAAAAGUUCAAAUCACGUUUAUUGCUAUUACUGUGAAUAAAUUUUCAUCCACUGGCUUAAUGGUCUUC